UUUCAUGAAGAUCCAUUGUUACUAUUCUGUUCUUCUAAUUUAUCUUUUAUGUCCCUGUGCAGCAAGAGUCGAAAUAGAUAAGAUAACACAGGAUUUACCUGGUUGAUCUCAUUGGAACUUUGAUGCCUUCUCAGGAUACAUCCCUGUCGAUGAAACUAAUCAAUACCAUUAUGUCUUUCUUGAAAGCCAGAAUAAUCCUGUGGAGGAUCCCUUGAUCAUAAUUUUCUCAGGAGGGCCUGGGUGAAGUGCAAUGAACACUUUGUUCCAAGAAAAUGGUCCAUGAACAUUUUAUGGAUAUGAUACAAACCCAGUUCCCCACGACAAUCAAUACUCUUGGAACACAAAUGCCUCUACUCUUUAUGUAGAGAGCCCUCUUGGAGUUGGCUACAAUCUUGGAUACCAACAAGAGGAGAAUACUGAUGAAAAAUCAGCAGAGCUUCACCUAGAAUUUAUCAAGCAAUGGUAUCAAAAAUAUCCGGAGUUCAAGAGCAAUGAUCUUUAUCUGAAUGGAGAAAGUUAUGUUGGAGUUUAUGUACCAAUGCUCGCAGUCUCUCUACAUCAGGCUAAUCUCACUACUAAGUCUGGAGGAUUCCUGAAUUUGAAAGGGAUCAUGGUAGGAAAUCCUAUGACAAGUUGGGAGCAUGAUGCACGUCCUGCUUACAUUGAAAUGGCUUAUUUCCAUGGUUUGAUUCCAAAGCAUCUUAAGGAUAGUAUUGAUCAGAACAACUGUACUUAUAGAUCAUUCAACCAGUCUCCUUUGUCAAAAAUUUGUGAAGAGAACCUUGAAAAAUGCAGUAAAUUUGAUGAAAAUAUCAAUCCCUUAGACAUCUACAGGAAAUUUGGAGACGGGUUUGCUUCCCCAGCACAUUUUGACAUCCCAAGUCUUUAUGAAAAGAGUGAUCUGGAUGCUUUGCUGGGAACAACCUAUGCUGAAUAUCUUAACAGAGAAGAUGUGAUGGAGAUGCUAAACAUUCCUAAAUCAAAGGAGUACUUUUUGCCUUGCUCUGAUGUUAACUACACUCAAAAUGAGAAAGCUUCUUUCUGGACAUACCCCUUAAUCAAAGAAUAUGGAUAUAAGAUUUUAGUCUAUUCAGGAGAUACAGAUGGAGUCGUCCCUACUCUUGGAACAUGGAAAUGGAUCUCAGACCUAGGAUGGGACAUCAAAGAACAUCAAAAGCAAUGGGUAGUUGAUGGUAAAGUUGAAGGCUUUUAUCAUCAAUUUGAUGGCCUUGACUUUUUGAUCUUCCACGGUGCAGGUCAUCUAGUACCAAUAUGGAGAAAAAAAGAAAGUCAUAUUGCUGUUUUCUCUUGGAUAAACCAGAGGAAAUUCCCAUAGUUCAAUAAAUAGA